UGCUGUGCCAGAUCAACUGCUCCCCACGAGCCACCGCCCGUAUGGUCACUGUGCCCCUCUCUCUCGGUGGCACGAGCGGCGCGGGCGCAGGCACCCCAGGCCGGACAUGGAGCUGCCCAACCACGCCAAGCAGCUGCUGCUGCAGCUGAACCAGCAGCGAGCCAAAGGGUUCCUGUGCGACGUCAUCGUGGUGGUGGAGAACGCCCUGUUCCGCGCCCACAAGAGCGUGCUGGCCGCCAGCAGCAUGUACUUCAAGUCGCUCGUCCUCCACGACAACCUCAUCAACCUGGACACGGACAUGGUCAGCCCGGCCGUGUUCCGCCAGAUCCUGGACUUCAUCUACACGGGCAAGCUCCUGCAGCCGGGCGACCCGCCGGCCGAGCCCAACCUGAGCGCCCUGCUGACCGCCGCCAGCUACCUCCAACUGCACGACCUGGCCGGCCUGUGCCGCCGCCGCCUCAAGCGGGCGGGCAAGCCCUUCGGGGCGGGCCGGCCGCCCCGCGGGCAGCGCCUCUCGGCCGCCUCGGCCGUCCAGGCCCGCUACGCCGACCCCGAGCUCAAGGCCGCCGAGGAGCCGCCCCCGGCCAAGGCCCCGGACGACGAGCUCUUCCCCGGGGGGUCGGGGCCGGAGAGCGCCCACCCGCCGCCGGGCCGGGGCGGCGGCUGCCGGAACGGGGGCGAGGGGCCCGGCGGCUGCGGGGCCGGGGAGCAGGAGCUGGGCCUGGACCUGUCCAAGAAGAGCCCCCCGCUGCCCGGGCCCCCGCUGGGCCCCGACGACCCGGCCCAGCCGGGCGACGGCCCGGCCCGCUCGCCCCGCGGGGCCCCGCCGGAGGAGGCGGCGGCCGCGGGGUCCCCCGCCGGCGCCGCCGGGGGCCCCGAGCCCAUGGAGGCGGAGGGGGCGGGCGGGCCCGAGGACGGGCCGGCCGACGGGCCCGGCGGACCGGCCCGCAAGAGCCUGCGGCACGCGGCCCGCCGGAGGGACUGGGCCAAGAAGGAGCCGGGGCCCCCGGGCGGCCGGCCCGGCGAGGAGGCCGGCCCCGGGGGCCUGCCCAACGGCAGCCUGGCGGCGGGCGAGCCGCCCUUCGCCUGCCGGGAGGAGAACGGGCGGGAGCCGAGCGACGACAGCGGGCAGAGCGAGGAGGGCGACGGGGGCGGGCCCGGCGCCCGCUACGUCUACCGGCAGGAGGGCUUCGAGGCGGUGCCCUUCGGCGACAACCUCUACGUCUGCAUCCCCUGCGGCAAGGGCUUCCCCAGCUCGGAGCAGCUCAACGCCCACGUGGAGACGCACACGGAGGAGGAGGACCUGUUCAUCAAGGAGGAGGGCACCUACGGCAAGGAGGACGAGGCCGAGGACCUGUCGGCCCCCAGCCCCGCCUACGCGGCCGAGCCCCGGCCCUUCAAGUGCCCCGUGUGCGACAAGGGCUACAAGGACCCGGCCACGCUGCGGCAGCACGAGAAGACGCACUGGCUGACCCGCCCCUUCCCCUGCAACAUCUGCGGGAAGAUGUUCACCCAGCGCGGCACCAUGACCCGCCACAUGCGCAGCCACCUGGGCCUCAAGCCCUUCGCCUGCGAGGAGUGCGGCAUGCGCUUCACCCGCCAGUACCGCCUCACCGAGCACAUGCGCGUCCACUCGGGCGAGAAGCCCUACGAGUGCCAGCUCUGCGGCGGCAAGUUCACCCAGCAGCGCAACCUCAUCAGCCACCUGCGUAUGCACACCUCCCCGUCCUAGCCAGCCAAAG